AACGUUAUUGGUCUAAGAUCAAUGAACUCAUAAAUAUGUAGUGCAAAUCUAUAACGUAUUUUAAACAUGGCAAACUAUAUGUUAUCUGUGAUAUAUUUGCUGGCACAAUUUGGGUUUGUUCAGUGUUAUCGCCAUCAUAGAAGAGACAAACAUCACGAAGAAAGUUCUGAACUUACAACGGGUCAGUAUGCGGCCAUUUGCACAGCUGGCGCUGUGGUUUUUGCCCUUAUCAUUAUAUCUAUUAUUGCACUGAUCAUAAAGUGCAAUAAGAAGUCCAAGACAUCGGUACAGCCUGCACAUGGCAAACAUGAUGGUGUAACGACAUUGUCACCUAGAGAAGGAGUAGCAAACAAGAUGCCUCUAUACGACGACCCACCACCAAUGUACAGUCUGCGUGAUCAAGGUCCAAGCAAUGAUGUUUAUCUACCACCUUAUUCAAAGUCCAAACCGAUCGAACAUGCUGUUUGAAUUGCACACUGUUUUAUUAAUAAUACAUAUCAAAGGAUGAAUGCGAAAGAGGUCUAAUGACAUAUAGUUAAAGAAGCACUUAGACUUCUUUAGCAUUCACCCCUCGAUAUAUUAUAAAGGAACUGUGAUAACUCCUCCUACGAUUGGAAGUGUUUUGUUCUAAAAGUGCUUACUUUCAAAAUAAUGUGCUUUCUUUUUUCUGACCGCAAAUACUAUUUCGUAGCAGGAUUUGAAAAAUACCUCUGUUAAAUUUGAUUACCCGUUCAUUUUGGUUAAAUCAAUAAUACUAUUAUUGAUUUAACCAAAAUGAACGAGUAAUCAAAGAGUCAAGAAAGAGAGUAUGCUGAAAGACAACAUUCAAAUUAUUUCAUGACCAAGUACAAAAAUGUUCUUUAAACAUAUUCUAGCUUAAACUCUACGUAACUAAUACUACGAAAUAAACAGAUAUAAUGACCAUUGCCUGCGUGGCAUGUGGAACUCGGCUUAAUUUUUGUUAAAAUUUUUGUUUGAACUGUUAUCAAACUCUUAAUUUUUCCGUUGUUGUUUUCAGUUAUAUAGUGUGUAAUUAAGCUGUUAUAUUUAACAGUAUUCUGAGUUUGACAAUGACGGACUGCAAUAGAUAUUUGUAUUGGGUAGUUAGGUUUCAUAAUUGAGAUGAUUUGCGCCUAUUUCAAUCUAUCUUUACAACAUUGGCACGAUUUUAAAAAAGAAAAGAAAAUUAUAGUAAGUUGAAAUAUAAUAUCUUGAUAGAUACAUACACGUGCUUGUUAACUUAUGUUUCAUACUGUUUUGUUACGUUAACCUUUUGAUAGUAUUUUACCCGUUUUGUAUAUAAAUAUGCUUGUUAAUCAUUGAUCCACGUUGCUAUGUAUUUUCAUUUAUUAAAAGUUUUGCAUGAAAUUCUAGACGUUGGUCUACAACAUACCUAAUUAUAUGAAAUUAUGAAAUAAUGCAUUGAGGGGCAUCUGAGGCCUUCAUCUGCUAUCAAAAGCUUAAAAGACGCUGUAUGACAAAUAUUUGUUGCCGUUCGACGUUAAUCCCAACUUACUCUUGCCCAUCCCACCCGAUCCCAAGAACAAAUGCCGAUGAAUCACUUACAAAUGAAGUGCCCGAACGUGUAUAUUCGCAGAACGAUCUACGAACAAAUUUCGCAGGCAUAAACU